AUGAAUAACAUGCUUAAUACGCUACUCCCAUCGGUUCGGGUGACCGAGCAAGAUUUCAUCUGCGCCAUUCUCCACCGCGACAAUGUACAACAACCACAACAUCGAUUUCAGCAUGAAACAGAUACAGGAGCAUCCAAGCUCCUCAUGACACCAAUGCGAGAUGCUACGGUCGCCGGCCCAGCCCUAAGAGCAGCGCAUCGUCGUACUGGGAACUAUCUGGCCAUCAAGUACCUGAUUGACACAAUCGGCUCUGAGGAAUUCUCUACGCGGCACGUCCAGGGUCAGACAGCGAAACGUUUUCGACUCUUGCAUGAGGAGCAGACGUUGAUCGUGCCUCUCAUGCGCGGUGGUGAGCCUAUGGCUCAAGGAGUCAGCAAAGCCUUCCCCCUCGCCGCUUUGGUGCACGCUCAUGCCCCCACGGACAUCGACGGCUCUUAUCUGGAGAGUCGGCUCACGAUAAUACUAGUCGAUUCGGUUGUGAAUAGCGGGAAGACAAUUCUUCAAUUCGUGCAACAUAUCCGCAAGCUGCAUGGCAGCAUCCGCAUUGUCAUCAUCGCCGGAGUGAUCCAGGCUCAAUUCUUGAACUUGGAUUUCACGGGGGUCCUCGUGCCUUAUGAGCACCUCGACUUCGUUGCGAUUCGGCUAUCUACUAAUAAAUAUACUGGAAAAGGCACGACCGACACGGGCAACCGGUUAUUCAAUACAACGUAUUUGCGCUAG